AUGAACGUUUUCGUACUAUUGCUGCUUGUGGCUGCCCUUCUGGCUUUUUCCGGUGCCAUGCUGGUAGAGAAGGGGUCAUCAUCUAUACUGAUGGAAGAAAACGUGAAAACUCCGCCUGAAACCGAUCCGGCUCAACCGAGAAAAAAGCGCAACAUGAGCGCCCAGAUUCUUAUUCCUGAUAUCACAGAUAAGAAGCCAUUUCGGUUGCAUCCGAGCUCUGGUGCCCAGAACUUCAAGGGCAAAGCGACGUUCUAUACUCCGGCGAUGGGAGCAUGCGGAAAGGUCAAUACUGAGAGCGAAAUGGUGGUGGCGGUCAGCAAGGUGCAGUACGGAUAG